GUUUACUAUUUUGGCGUUUAAAGUAUGUCAUCAUGGCAAAGAUUCGGAGAAGGACUUGCAUCAUUUUGUCACUUUUUAUUCUAUUUGUUUUCUCUCUGAUGAUGGGUUUAAAAAUGUUGAGACCAAAUACAGCUACUUUUGGAGCUCCUUUUGGACUUGACCUUCUUCCAGAACUUCGUCAACAAACGAUUCAUUUGGGCAAGAAUUUUGAUGUCCAAAAGAGUGACAGAAUCAACAGUGAAACAAAUACCAAGAAUUUUAAAAGUGUUGAAAUCACUAUGAAACCUUCCAAAACUUCUGAACUUAAUUUAGAAGAACUGCCACCUCUGAAUUAUUAUUUACAUGUAUUUUACUACAGCUGGUAUGGAAAUCCACAAUUUGAUGGUAAAUAUAUACAUUGGAACCACCCAGUGUUGGAACAUUGGAACCCUAGAAUAGCCAAGAAUUUUCCACAAGGAAGGCACAACCCUCCAGAUGACAUUGGCUCCAGCUUUUAUCCUGAGUUGGGAAGUUACAGUUCUCGGGAUCCUUCUGUCAUAGAAACUCACAUGAGACAAAUGCGUUCAGCUUCAAUUGGUGUUUUAGCCCUAUCUUGGUACCCUCCUGAUUCAAGUGAUGAGAAUGGGCAACCGACUGAUGACUUGGUACCUGCUAUUUUGGAGAAAGCUCAUAAAUAUAAUCUGAAGGUCGCUUUUCACAUAGAGCCAUAUAACAACCGAGAUGAUCAAAACAUGUACAAAAACGUCAAGUAUAUUAUAGACAAAUAUGGAAGUCAUCCAGCCUUUUACAGAUACAAGACAAGGACUGGCAACAAUCUUCCUAUGUUUUAUGUCUAUGAUUCCUAUAUCACCAAGCCUGAAAAAUGGGCCAAUCUCUUAACCACCUCAGGGUCUCAGAGUAUUCGCAAUUCUCCUUAUGAUGGAUUGUUUAUUGCACUUCUAGUAGAAGAAAAACACAAAUAUGAUAUUCUUCAAAGUGGUUUUGAUGGAGUUUACACAUAUUUUGCCACAAAUGGCUUUACUUAUGGCUCAUCGCAUCAGAAUUGGGCUAGCCUAAAAUCCUUUUGUGAUAAAUACAACUUAAUAUUUAUCCCAAGUGUGGGUCCAGGAUACAUAGAUACCAGCAUCCGUCCAUGGAACACUCAGAACACCAGGAACCGCAUCAGUGGGAAGUAUUAUGAAGUUGCUCUGAGUGCUGCACUUCAGGCACUCCCAAGUUUGAUUUCUAUCACCUCAUUUAAUGAGUGGCAUGAAGGAACUCAGAUUGAAAAAGCUGUUCCCAAAAGAACUAGUAACACAGUGUACCUGGAUUACCGUCCUCAUAAGCCUGGUCUUUAUCUAGAACUGACUCGCAAGUGGUCUGAAAAAUACAGUAAGGCAAGAUUAACCUAUGCGUCAGAUCACCAGCUGCCUGUUUCUUAAUGCAGUGGUUAAAGUUUAAUAAUUAUCAAAAUCACCUAAUUUCAAUAAAUGCCUUUUUUUAGAGUUAUGGAGAAAAAACUGUCAAAAUCUAUGUGCACUAUUACUGUUAACGUUAAGAAUAAUUAUUAUUUUAUUUAGAGAUAAUAUGAUCAUUGCUACCCUUCCCAGUACUGCGCUGAGAAAAUAUCUGUGAGAAAAGUUGUACAAAUAAUAUUUAUUAUGCUAUAAUUUACUGCAUUUCUGACUGAAAUUGAAAUUCUGAUUUGACAGCAAUUUAAUUUUCAUUUCACAGUACAUAAAUGCUUGUGUUACAUAAUGAACUCAGCACACAGUUAAAUCAUACUUGCAUCACAGGCCCAAAGAAAUAGGACUGUGUGUAUAUUAGGUAUAUUUAUUAAAGAAACCCUAAAAGAUAAUUUCCAUGUUUCAUUUCCAAUUUUAUAAAUGAUUAAAUCAACUUUAUUGUAUUAAUAUUGAAUAGUCUGAAUGCUAUUCAAUAGUGAGAUAACUCUUCAAUAAUGAUGCCAUGAACUUAAUAAAACUGCUUUAAGUAACAGUAUAUAUUUUUUUAAACUUUUAAAAAUGUACAUGCAUGAAGCCUUACUGUAGUGACCAAAUUGUGUUAGGUUGGCCUGCUUUCUGCAGCACUGUAUGUCAUUUGCAGAUUUUUUUGGUUACCUAUAGCAUGCUAAGUGUU